AUGACUCGUAACGGAAGUGAAUCCGGCUUCGACUUGCCUCUUUACCCACAGCAUUUUCUUACAAUUUUCCUGGUCUCGGAGUUUCCGGCUUUAGCGACCCAUUUUUUGGACAUUGCUCUGCAGCCACCAUCGCAUGGGCCAGCUGGUCUUGUCACAGUCUUGCUCGCGAAAGUCAACUUUGCUCGGGUCAACGUAUCGAUCAGAGCUCUUACCGCAUGCCCUGUCUCUUUUCCACGCUUCGAAUGCCACGUCUGUCCAUGGCUCGGUGACAAACAUACACGCACAUACACACACACACACAGUUCACCCUCACGAGGCUCAAAUGCCAGAAAGCGUCUGUUUCGGCGAAUUCAAAUCACCAUCUGA